UCCAUUAGGCCAUGAGCCCAAAGUUUUCAAUAACCCAACUUGCUAUUGAUAUAAAAACGUCACCGUCUGAGUAGGAAUUAAAAGAACCCUAGCAGAGAGAGAUCCGUGAGUAGCAGCUGCAAGAAGAACCCUAGCACAGUUCCUCUGAAAAAUUGUUGCAGCCAUGGCAGAUGUUGAACCCGAGGUUGCCGCACAAGGAGUGCCAAAGAAGAGAACGUUUAAGAAGUUUAGUUUCAGAGGUGUUGAUCUCGAUGCUCUCUUGGAUAUGUCCACCGAUGAGCUCGUCAAGCUCUUCUCCGCUCGUGCCCGUAGAAGGUUUCAACGUGGUUUGACCCGCAAGCCUAUGGCACUGAUCAAGAAGCUCCGCAAGGCUAAACGUGAGGCCCCUGCUGGUGAGAAGCCUGAACCUGUAAGAACUCACCUCCGCAACAUGAUCAUUGUGCCUGAGAUGAUUGGUAGCAUUAUUGGUGUCUACAAUGGAAAGACUUUCAAUCAAGUUGAAAUUAAACCUGAAAUGAUUGGCCAUUAUCUAGCCGAGUUUUCAAUCUCAUACAAGCCUGUUAAGCAUGGUAGGCCUGGUAUUGGUGCUACUCACUCCUCCAGGUUUAUUCCUCUCAAGUGAAGAUCAUCACAGAAACCCCUAUCCAUAUGUCAAUGGAAACUUUAUCUUGUUCUACUGCAACUAUUUAAAUAUUUUAUUUCUACUUGACAUUGUUUUUUUGACAUUUAGGACACAACUGAAGUUUUGGAUUUAAUAUAUUUGUUAUUGAACUUUUUAAA